AUGCGCAUUCGAAUGAGUUACGCCCGUCUAGUAAUGGUCCAUCACUAUGUUCACAAGUAUAGAAAGACAUCGCAGUGGCUGGAAAUCGAUGAGCGAUUGGGAAUCUUGAGAGGCUCUUUGGUUGACUUCCAAAGGCACCACACGCAACUUGUCUUGGACAAAGACAACGAACUCUUCUCGCAUUUGAAGAGAUUCGACAAAAUCAACAAAGAGGACUUUACUGUCCCCAGCCUUGAAGAUGUCCGCAAGUCGAUUGCGGCUACUGCCCUUAACAACGAGGCGACGGCUGCUACCCUCAACAACAACCAAGCUGUUAAUGGUGAUUAG